CAACUGGAGAUUUACAGCGAAGUGACUAAUUAGUAUCUUUGUUGUAUCAGUAACUAGAGUCCUUCAGUUUUGCACCACGGAACAAAAAAUAUUCACACUGUUUUGUAUAUAUGUACGUCUGGUAUUUGAUAUUUUUCUAGAUGCUGAUCCAAUUACUACAUCAUCAUCAUCAUAAUUAUCUCAAAUUUUGAGAGCAAUUAUGGUAUGAUGUGAUGGCAUCAUAAUGCAUGAUGCAUCGCCAUCAACUGUGAAAUCGUCUUCAUUUCUGGACCACCAUAAAAACUGAAAUCAGAGUCUGCCAUUGUUGUUCAAACAAGCUACAAUAAGGGUGAGAAGCUGAAAUGAAGCAGGAACUGAGAGAGCCCCUUCAAGCCCAAGUGCAAGAAGAGCCUUCUAAUUCUCAAUAUGAUCCUCUUCCUUCUCAUCUUAUCAGAUAUUUAUACGUAGGACACUUUUUGGCCAGAUGGGGUACCAGAAUGUGGGAAUUCUCUGUUGGUCUUUACAUGAUAAGCAUUUGGCCAGAUUCUCUACUCUUUGCUGCUAUCUAUGGUGCAGUGGAAUCAGCCUCUACCGCGCUUUUCGGACCCUUAAUUGGACACUGGGUGGAUAGAUUUCCAUAUGUAAAGGUUCUCCGGCUUUGGUUGGUAACACAGAACCUCUCUUUUAUGAUUGCUGGAGGCACCGUAAUGGCGUUGCUAGUCUACUCAGAUUUGAAGCUCACAAGUUUUAAUGCAUUCGUCUUGCUUGUAAUAUUAACCAACAUCUCAGGAGCUGUUGGAGUUCUUUCCACUCUUGCUGGCACCAUCUUACUCGAAAGAGACUGGGUGGUGGUGAUAUCAGAAUGCCAUUCUGAUCCAGAAGUACUACUGACCAAGAUGAAUUCAGUCCUUAGGCGUAUUGACCUCUUCUGCAAGCUAUGUGCUCCUGUGCUAACUGGCUUCAUUAUCAGCUUUGUAUCACUAAAGGCUUCUGCUUUAACUUUAGCCCUCUGGAACACCAUAUCUAUUUGGCUGGAAUAUUGGCUCUUCAUCUCUGUAUAUAAUGGGAUUCCAGCUUUAGGCGAAAGCAGCCAAAGGAAGAUAUCAAGACCUUCAAGGACUGAUGUGGAAGAGAGCGCAUCUACCUCUGAUCAGGAAAGAAAUAGUUUGCUUUCUCAUGAUGAAAAUGAUUCAGAACGGGCUGAAGAAAGCUGGAUAAAGAGAAUAACAGAAGCGGUCUCAAGGAUCCCUUAUGUUGGAGCAUGGAAAGUGUAUUUGCAGCAAGAUGUUGUACUCCCUGGAGUAGCUCUGGCUUUACUAUUUUUCACUGUCCUCAGCUUUGGAACAUUGAUGACAGCUACCCUAGAAUGGCAAGGCAUACCUGCAUAUGCUAUCGGGAUAGCUCGUGGAAUAAGUGCUGCAAUUGGAAUUGCUGCUACAAUUGUUUAUCCUAUCUUGCAAUCUCAUAUUUUAACACUCAGAACCGGGCUCUGGUCUAUCUGGUCUCAGUGGACCUUCCUCCUCCUAUGUGUUGCUUCAAUUUGGGUCCAUAAUAGCCUUUUAUCAGCAUAUUUGCUGAUGGCAGGAGUGGCUACCUCUCGGCUUGGAUUGUGGAUGUUUGAUUUAGCAGUAAUCCAACAAAUGCAGGACCAAGUACCUGAAUUCGAUCGUUGUAUAGUGGGAGGUGUUCAAAACUCCCUUCAGUCUGGCAUGGAUUUGAUGGGUUAUGUCAUGGGAAUAAUUAUAUCUAAUCCACAGGAUUUUUGGAAGUUGAAUUUGCUGUCGUUUGCUGCGGUAACAUUGGCUGCACUACUCUAUACCCUGCACCUUUACCGCAUACGAAAACACCUCCUCCAUUUUGAGAAAUUACCUCCGUGGCUUAAAUGCUUUACAACAUCUUCAUAAUCGCAUUGUUGGGCCUUGCCACCAUGUUCCAUAUGUAUAUUUGAUAUAUUUUUAUAGGCAUGUAUAUGUACUAGGUUUUUUUUUCUCUUCCAAAAAGGUGUGACAUUACCAAAAUGUCAUUGGCAAUAUUUUAAUUACGGACCUUGUAAAUUAUUUUAGCAUUGUAUUA